AUGGACGAGCUUUCCAAGGAGCAGAUCGCGGAGUUCCGGGAGGCCUUCAGCCUCUUCGACAAAGACGGCGACGGGACGAUCACGACGAAGGAGCUGGGGACGGUGAUGAAGUCGCUGGGGCAGCACCCGACGCAGCAGGAGCUGCAGGACAUGCUGGAGGAGGUGGACGCCGACGGCAGCGGCUCCAUCGACUUCAACGAGUUCCUCUCCCUGGUGGCGCGGCAGAUGCGAGGCGACGCCGACGCCGAGGAGGAGCUCCACGAGGCCUUCCGCGUCUUCGACAAGGACAACAACGGCGCCAUCUCCCUCGACGAGCUCCGCACCGUCAUGAAGAACCUCGGCGAGAAGCUCUCCGAGGACGAGCUCAACGAGAUGCUCAAGGAGGCAGACGUCGACGGCGACGGACAGAUCAACUACAAGGAGUUCGCUAAGGUCAUGAUGGCAAAACGGCGGCAAAAUAUGGAAGAAGAUCAUAGAGGUGGCAACCACGGCGGGUCAGAUCACUCCAGCGGCGGCGGUGGUGGUUGCCCAUCGUGUACGAUUCUUUGAGAAAUUCGGGGGCUUCUUUGGCUUUAUAGUCUGGCUUAUGACAGAACAAAGUUUUAAACAUGUAAAACAACAAGCAAAACAAGACACCCGUGAUUCAUAGU